UCAGUGACUCACCCCUGUUGGCGGCGGUUUGUGCAGCGGAGGUGGACAGUGCGCCGGGACAGUGUCAUGGGACAAGGGAACGGAUUCCCGUGGGAGAGGAAGGGGAUCUGUUCCAGCAGUGGGAACGUGGAGGAGCCCCUGAGUCUCCGGGAGGGAGGAGUGUCCCCCCAUCCAGAGGUGCCUGGGGAUACAGACCGAAGGAUGCACAGAACAGUCCUGGGCAAGCUGUGUGUACUCCAUCCAGUGUGUGUCCUGGUGGUGGCUGUGCUGGUGGCUCUGGUCCUGGCUCUGGCCGUGGCUGUUGCUGUGCUCUCAGCAAGAACAUGUGGAGGGGAUCCAGCUGUGCCUGUGGCUCCGGUGCUGGCGUGUCCUGAUGGCUGGGUCGGGUACCGCAAUGUCUGCUACUACCUCUCGAGGGACCAGGGGAGCUGGGAGUGGAGCCAGGAGCAGUGCUCCUCGCGUGGGGCCUCGCUGGCCGUGCUGAGGAGGGAGUGGGAAAUGGAGUUUCUCUCACGCCUGAAGGGCAACAUCGAUUACUGGAUUGGGCUGCGGAGACGGGGUGAGCACCUGGAGUGGGUGGACGGCAGCAGCUUCAACCAGACGAUCCCAGUGGUGGGAGAAGAACCUUGUCUGUUCCUCAAUGAUCACGAUCUCCUGAGUGCCUGAGAGACGGCACUAUCUCUGCAGCAAACCUAUGCUCCAGUGAGAACCACUUGACAGAAGUGGUGGAGAAAGGCCCUUCUCCAUGGUGGGGACUCACAGCUUCCCCUCUUCCAGCAGCACAGAGUGGUGCAGGGAUGUCCUUCCCUCAGCUGCUGCUCUGGUUGCUCCUGGUCUCAGCAGAAACUCGCUGCCAGCUCUCAGGAGAUGAACCUGCAGGUCAGGAGCUGUGGUGGGAGCUGCCAUGUGCCUGCCUGGGCUGGGACCCCCACCAUGGAACUGGUUUCUCUUUCCUUCUCUCUGGGACCAUCCCAGAAGUCUUCUUGUUUGUGCCACAAGUCAUAUUGUCCUAGUGUGAGGUAGAACAGAACCAACUUUCUCU